UAUGAACCGUCUGUAACCCGAAAAUUACCGUUAAGUAAGACCCACCCGUGAAAAUACGGACUUGGAUUUUGUGAUCUGGACCUUUGGAUAGAGUGAUGGAGGAACUUACAGCUUUUGUUUCCAAGUCCUUCGAGAAGAAAACCAAGGAGAGCAGGAAAGACAAUAUCUCAUAUCGGAAAGUUUUGGAGAGCGACUUGGCCAGUAGCAGAGACCUCGGGAGCACAGAACCAAAUCUAAAAGGCAUUACUGAUUCCAGCAACCACUCUCCGAUUUAUCUAUUCAAAGAAAACUUAGAACUCGAUAAAGAACAAAUUGAGGAUAUUCAGAGUAAAAGGGCUAACGAAGGAAUAUAUGAAUGUAGCGACAAAAGAGAUGGACUGAAACCCGAGGACGAAGACACGCGAAACAAAAUGAAACAGAGGCGGAGUAGGACGAAUUUCACACUGGAGCAGCUGAAUGAACUGGAGCGACUGUUUGAUGAAACGCACUAUCCAGAUGCGUUCAUGAGAGAGGAGCUGAGCCAAAGACUGGGACUUUCGGAGGCUAGGGUACAGGUUUGGUUUCAAAACAGAAGGGCAAAAUGUCGAAAACAAGAGAAUCAAAUGAACAAAGGUAUCAUUUUGGGUAGCGACGGCCACCUGGAAGCCUGCAGAGUGGCUCCUUACGUGAACAUGGGUGCCCUACGCAUGACCUUCCAACAGGUACAGGCCCAACUGCAGCUGGAAGGAGUGUCUCACUCACACCCACAGCUGCACGCUCACCUUGCGACCCGAACUCCGUACCUGAUAUUUCCAUCAGCGCAUUUUGGACUCUCACUCGGACCGCUGGCAGACUCCGGCUCGGUGGCUGUGGAGGCGGCUGCCAAGAGCAACAGCAAGAACUCGAGCAUCGCUGACCUCCGACUCAAGGCAAGAAAACACGCGGAGGCCCUCGGACUCUGACCCCAUGGCCGCCCCUGCCACUCCCAACUCUGAUAAUCGCCUCUCACACAAGACGGAGCCUGUGAAAGGCCAUUACAGUCGCAGUUAAAGCAAAACAAAAUAAGGAAAACUGUCAAAGACCCAGCUGCCAAAACAGCCACUUGUCGGAAGGUGCAGUCAAAUGUCAAUGAAAGUCACUAUCUUCUGUCUAAUGGGGAGAACUUUUAAAGUGUGUUCUGUGGGUCUGAUGUCCGGGCCUGUGCAGAUUCCUCUGUAUGCCAAAAAAAAAAACAUUUAAAAUGGGAAAAUACAGGCAGCCCCCAGUAUAAGAAUGUCUGACGUAUUUGCAAACGGAAUGCCAUAAGCCCUACUGUAUUCAAAAUCUGAGUUAAAUACAAUGGUUUGUAAUAACAAACCCAUGCAUCCAUGCAUUACUUUGUGACUAUCAUGAAAACAGUAUGUGGCUUCAGCAAUUCAUCUGCUUUAUUAUUAUUAUUAUUAUUAUUAUUAUUAUUAUUAUUAUUAUUACUUAAGGAGUGGAUCUUGUUUGGAACCUGGGGAUUGCCUGUAUUGACAAGAGAGAACAAAAUCGUUGAAACUUGAGAGAAACGAUUGGUCCCUUAACUGUGCAAAAUCGUUUUAAUUGCAAACUGGCUUCUAAGUGCUGUGGGCUGCAUCCAGCACAUCUGACUGCAGUAAAGACUGUUUUGGGAUUGAUUUCAAAUCCAUCUUAUGAGUGUCUGCUGGACUUGAAUGGGCAGCAUGGUUGUUUUCCUUUGUGGUGAAGCAUCACGUCCUGGGGCUCGGAAGGCGGGAUACUUUUUAUACUUCUCUGUCAAGUUGUUUACAAUCUAUCCUACGAGCAGGAUUUAUUUCUAGACAUGCGAGAAAACUUUUGAUACCAUUUGAGGUCAUCAAAAAGCCAAUGUUGAAAUAAGUAAGAUUUUUCUAAAGGAGAAAAAGUAAUUAUUAUUUAAUAUAUAAAUCACAUAUUGGUAAUGCUGCAAUUAAAUUGCGCAGUUAAGUGCAAUAUUGUAAAAGAAACAUUAGCUUAUUUUCUUUAAUGAAAAAUAGCUUUCGCCAAUUAAAGUUUUUUUGAGAUUUUUACCCCACUUUUGUACACAAUACACAAGCAUUUUCCUUAUUUAGACAAAAGCACUUUUUGUUGCACUCAGCAACAGUUGAAAACAGGGAUCUGAAACUAGUUACAAAGCUUCAUGUCAACACUUUGUGUGGACUGGUGGACUGGUGUUGGACUGGUAUCACAUCCAGGCUGGGCCCUGAAGAACCUUCUCAGACCUAGCUGUAAAUCACCAAUGACUCAAACUAGUGAAAUGAUUACGGAUGUGAAAAAAUGUAAUUGCAGAGUACAGACGCUCCUCUACUUGCAAACUUUCAACUUAUGAACUUUCAGACAUAUGAACGAAGAGUCCAAAUUGUGUU